AUGAGCAAGUUUAUUUUACUAUCAGUUGCUAUCGUUGUAUGUUUGUUGCAACCAUAUCUCACUAACGGACAGGGAUUUACAACAUGCACGUACUACAGCAACUGUACUGCCGAGACUAAUCUGGGAGUCCUCGAUUUGAAUUACGCGAGAUCAAACGAUCCCUAUUCUUCACUAGACACAUCUACUAACAAUAACUACUUGUGGAAAUCAUGUGAAGACUUCACAAUCCAUGGAGUGACUGCUGGGGCUAUUCAGGAACCUACAGGUAGCUACAGUGUAGACUUGGGUGUACAUAGCACAACAACCUGUUCUGUGGGCGCUAGUGGUUACAUCAGUUUCACCAUGAGAUCGGCUGACAGCACGCGGACAAGUGUCGUGAAGUGUUUCUGCGGAUCCAGCACAGACUUUCAGUUUGUGAGUGAAAGUCCAACAUAUACUUUCCACUUCAAUUUCGUAUCGGAUGCUUGUUGUCCAAAUUAUGUACCUAGCAGCUCCAGUUCUAUCAGCCCAGGAACUUUGAUUGUUAUAAUAUUUUUAUCCGUGGCUGUUUUAUACAUUCUGUUCGGGACCAUAUUCCAAGUCGCCGUGAGGAAAGCACAAGGGAGAGAAAGGAUACCCAAUGUUUCUCUGUGGACGGCGUUUCCUGGUCUCGUCAGGGAUGGCUUCAUAUUUACGUUUACAUGUGGUCGGCGCAGCGGAUAUGGAAAAAUCUAA